GAAAUUUGAAAGUCGAGAAAUAUUCGAUUCGCGCUGUAGAUCAGCAUUGGGGAGGGAGAAUAGCAUUACCGCCAGGGGUUCACGGGCAAAUCGGAUGCGUCUGCGUCCGAUAAUCACAAUAUUUCACUUGUACUCCGCAUCUAAAGCUCAGCACAUGAUGCCUAAACCGGACCGUUGGGCGCGGGGGGGAGAGACAGGCUCAAAGGCCCUGACCGACUUACCAUCCCCACCGCAAAAUGAGUCGUUUUGGGCGACUCGUACUCUCCUCCAGUGGUCGUAGCCAGUAUCCACGAGGGAGCACCGGGAUUCUCGAGAUUAAUUGGCAUGGGUUAUCAACCUUGGCAACGGCACAGGGCUCUCCUCGUUUCCUUACAGGCCCCGUCAGCGCCAAUAUGCUGGCCCCGCCUCGAGACACAAAAGUGUCUCGAGUGUAGCGGCGGGUGGCACUUGUAAAAGGGGCUUUUCACGAUUUGGGGCUGGUUGGCGAUUUGCUAUGAGAAAUGCCCUCCACGGGUUCGGCCAAAUUGGACACCUCUCCACUCCAGGAAGGCGGCGUCAGGGGCAACAAAAGCUGUCAGUAUGACCCCACCCCAGCAUUGGGUCUGUCUAUUCACAACAGGUCUCACCUCACCUCACACCACACCCCCCAUCCUCACCGAUCGAUCCCUUAAACGUGUCUCUGAUGGCUCUAAAAACCGACGUUUCUCCGCCCAUGGCUAGGCGUCUUUGGGCCGAGCUCGGGCAACUUGUAAAUAACUGACCACUGCGCUUGCUAGGUUUUUUUGCACUACUGAUCCCCUCUUUCAUGCCUCUCAAGAGACAUAGCGCCACGUGCUAUCCCUGUUCGGGGCAUACGUACUUUCAGACGAGAGCCCAGCGCCAAUGUGGUUGAAGCGCCUUCUACUACUCCGUAGGUUUCAGGGCGCCAUACAGUCCGGUCCUUGGUACCGCUACUCGAACCUAUCCUCGCUGUUCUGGAGAUACGAAGACUGUCAUCUGUUCCUGGGGGCGGCCGUUCUUACGUCAGGAAUCGUUGCUAAUAGCGCGCAGCAGGGCCCAUCAACUCUUCGAGAAUGUGGAAAUGUGGACGCUUUAAGUGUAUGCGCGACCUUCCGCAAUACCGAUAUCAAUAUGCAUUCUUCUCCCUGGCCCCUUUCCUUCUUUUGUUCUUUCAAUUUAAGAAUAAGGGUAGCGUUCCGCCAGAUAGCAUUACAGACAUCAAGCAAGAUAUAAUAACUCGAGCCGUUUCAUUUUCUUGUCGCCACUCCAGCGGCCAAUUCGGUUUCCAUCUCCUGUUUUAUUAUUUGUCUCUCCCACCGCCACUCGCCACUCCUUGUCUGAAGACAUUUUGCGACUGAUCCCUAGCGGCUAGAGUUGCCACUGGCAUGCACAGUGGUAGCCUGUGCCCAGACACCCAUCACCGCUCUAGCUGUUGUUACUUAAUCCCAGAGUGUCGGCACGCCUCAUCCGGGACUUCCCUUCCACCUAAAACAGUACCUAAAACAGUGUGGAGCUCCCAUUCAAGCUUCUCCAAUGUCAGCGAUUCUUGUAUUGUUAUGCUUAGGUAUCUAGCCUCCUCUUUCUUUCCACGUUUCCUGCUCUUCGGCCGCCUUGCUAGUUAGUCCAACCAAUUCAAGACAUGUGCGGGCGUCGUUCACAGCAUUCUCACUUACGAUGGAAGAUAUAAAACCAGAGGAGCCUGGGUCGACUGGAACUUCGUUAUGGAACGGCUGUCGAGUCCCCCUCCCGGCGCCAAUGUCGCUAUUCUCUCAUCAUUACGAGCAGAGUGCUCCAGUAUUUGAACCACAGGAAGUACUAUACAGCAGUAGCGCAAAGGACCCCUACAGCCCAUCGACCCAACACCAGCAGUCACAGCAGCAACCACAGAAUGACAUGCUACCGCGCCGAGGCAGCGAGUCUCUUGGCGUUUUUGGGGUCCCCAAGCUGAAUCCCGGAUUGGCUUCCCAUCGUAGCUAUCCAAGCCUUAAGAGGCCGCAUGAUUCGUUCGAAGAGCACCCGUACGCCAAUGUUGCCUCUUCACUGCACGAAAGCAUACCGGAGUUCGACGAUUCGACGAAACCGACGAUUCAAUCCGACCAUCGCCUACUGUCGUUUGAGCCGUUGUUGCCACAUAGGCAUACGGUCCUAGACCAGUAUGGAAGGCCCGCCAAACUGGAUGUUGUUGCGCAAAUACAUGGCAUGUUCUUCUUGUCUGAGAUAGCAACUCAUGCUGGCGACAACAUUAUCAUGCAGCCGGAACUCACUUGCUACCGGCGCAACCUCUUCCAGAUAUCAGGUUCAAUCACAUGCCCAGCAGGGCCUCUGUCAGUCGUCAAUGGCCACGGGGAGUCCAUAUCUACUGUGUCGCAUGAGAUUACAGUUUCAGCUACAGAAUCUGUGGAUGGACAUGUUAUCCGACUGAUUGUUAUCCCCUGGAAGACCCCACCAGCAAAUUCCCCAGAUCACCCAUCUGGCCAAGGGCAGGAGCCAGCGGCUAUAUCAAUCGACAGCCUUGGAAACGAAGACAAGAACAAUGAGACGGUCUCUCAACAAAUAGCAUGGAAGAGGCUCCAGUUCCGUGUUGCAACAGCCAACAAUGGCCGUAGGAAAGAACUACAGCAACAUUUUGUCUUGCGCCUAAAACUAAUAUCCACGCUGGCCGAUGGAUCCAAAGUGUCCACAGUCGAAUCGGCAACAGCGCCCAUUGUGGUACGCGGACGAAGCCCCAGGAACUUCCAAGCAAGAAAAGAAAUACCGCUAGUAGGAUCGUCAGCUUCGCUGAGGGGCCAUAAUUCUCGUGUGUCUCCAUCUCAGAAGAAAGAUCCCUUGAUGGCGGAUAGGCCUGGCAUUGCGAAGCCUACGAUGAUGGAUUUACCGAAACGCCCAUUUCAGUUCGAUAAUGGCAACUUUCCUCCGUCUCCUCUGAUAAUCCACGGCGGCUAUCCACAGUGGAAUCAAGCGCAGCAACACUCUGGGCACGCCGCAUCCGCCACAGCGACGUUUCCGCAAACAAGCAACAGCAUAUCUGCAUACCAUAACGAACCCCAAAGAAUCCAUGCGGUCCAGGAUCCGUCCUCGCAUCACGGACUGCCAGAGCUAACCUCACCGAUUGAGUCUUCAUCACGGCAUUUCUACUCACCCCCAACGUCGUCACCUGCGCAAUUUGACCCUAACCCGCGUCCGAUGAAGUCUCCACGACAUACGGAGGUGCCCCAUAGCUCGGUUUAUCGGCCAUUCGAAACCUCGUAUGGAAAUAACCUUGCGGGCAACCCAAAUCGCCUGUACUAUCCUCAUGCGCCAGCUCCACCGCCGUGGUCAGGCACCGAGCCAGAUGGGUCAAGCUAUAGCACGGCUAUGAACCUACCACCCCAACAGCCACUCCAACAUCCACCCCAUCAGACAGAACAUGAGCGGCAGCCAUCCCCAGAUUACAACUUUGCUUCAGAAGCAUACGUUAAUGCUAGGGAUGACACCCAGAAUAUCGGAUACACAUGGAGCGCCGCUGGCUGAUUCAUAAUACGCCACAUUCCAAACAUUUAUCAAUGAGAAAAAAAACAAGUACGAGCCACGAUAUACCCCUUUGUACCAUAGCCGGUUAGCUAUCUACUCUAAAAUUAGCGUUUUGACGUCCGUUUUUCGAUUUUUUAAAAUAUUAAUCUUCUUGUUCCUCGCCAUUUUCUUGUUCUAUAAGCGAUGAUAUAGCUUUGAGAUGCGAGCAUUGUCCAGCGUCGGAGUUAUAGUGGCAUACAACUGAAAAAGGGGAAGGUUUUAGGGGGGAGAGGAGCUCAGCGUAUUGCCAAUUAUCAUUAUUAGGCGAAUCUGUGUCCAGCUUGAAAUUGUUUACUCAUCUUGGGUCCGGUGCAGAGGUUGGGGGGAAAUGUAUUUCAUUACACGGAUGGUGAAUAGGGGAUAUAACGGAUCUCUGAGACGAAUCUUCCAUACCUACAGAACAAUAUACUGACAUACCCGUCGCGGCGGGCCCAGAGGGGCUGUCCUGCGCCGGCUCGUUCUGUCUAUUCCAUCCAUCCACCCGUCUUAUCAUAUUCAUACUGGGUGAGCUACCGCACAUUGUGCUUGAAGCUUGGUACUUAUUAAUUAUCUGAUUAAACUGCUGGAAGUGAAGUGC